CACGGAACUAGCAGAGAGAGCUGCCGGACCCGUUAGUGAUGGUGGAGAAGACAUCUCCAUAAAUGCCCCUUUAACCACACCUCCGCAGGGGGAUUAUAGCACCACAGCAUGGCGAGGAUCUCGGUGAACUACAUCCUACUGUGCGGACAGUUCCUGCUGCUGCUGACGGUGUUAUUUCUACAAUGUCUGGAGGGGAUUCACUCCCACAACUCGACCACCGCUGCAGCGGUAGACGCAGCAAACGCGACGCCCGGAGCGACCGCAUCCGCCGCCGCCGCCUCUGCCGCUGCCUCCACCGCGCUGCCACCCGACAAUACGACGACCCCCGUCCUGGCAACGGACCGGGGCAUCAACAACACGGAGUAUGAGUACCGACCCCCGUCCCCGGUGGUCCUCUGCAGCUUUCUGCCGGAUGAGUUCGUCCACUGCCAGGACCCUGUGGACCACGGCCUGAACGCCAGCGCCUUCCAGGAGCUGGGGCACGGCUGCCUAGGGUGGGGGGGCCAGACCCAGAAGGAGGUGAACCUCACGGAGGUGAUCUGCAUGGCGCUGGAAAACAUCGAGUGCGCCGGGUCCCGGGAGUUCCGAAGGGGCAACGUGCCCUGCAUCAAGUACACAGGCCACUACUUCAUCACUACCCUUCUGUACUCCUUCUUUUUGGGGUGCUUUGGCGUGGACCGCUUCUGCCUGGGCCACACGGGCACGGCGGUGGGCAAGCUGCUCACCUUGGGGGGGCUGGGCAUCUGGUGGUUCGUCGACCUCAUCCUGCUCAUCACCGGCGGCCUAAUGCCGAGCGACUACAGCAACUGGUGUACCUACUACUGAAGGCCCGUCGCCGACGUCGCCAGCCCCUUUGACGCGUCCCCGUAAACCAGCCCCAACUCUCCCCAUAAACCAACUCUCCCCAGCAGUCCCUGUUAACAACCCACCCCCUCCAUAAACCAUCUCUCAACUGUCACGGUAAACCAGCCCCAUUGGUCCCUAUAAAGCAGACCCAUUGGUCCCUAUAAAGCAGACCCAUUGGUCCCUAUAAAGCAGACCCAACAGUCCCUAUAAAGCAGACCCAUUGGUCCCUAUAGAGCAGACCCAUUGGACCCUAUAAAGCAGACCCAUUGUUCCCUAUAAAGCAGACCCAACUGUCCCUAUAAAGCAGACCCAACAGUCCCUAUAAAGCAGACCCAUUGGUCCCUAUAAAGCAGACCCAUUGGUCCUUUUAAAGCAGACCCAUUGGUCCCUUUAAAGCAGACCCAUUGGUCCCUAUAACCCAACCCUAACUGUCCCUCUAAUCCAGCACCAGGUCCUGUUAACCAAUCCUAAAUGUCCCUGUUAACCACCCAGGACUGUCCCUGUUAACCAACCCUACCUGUCCCCGUUAACCACCCAGAACCGUCCCUGUUAACCAACCCUAACCGUCCCUGUUAACCACCCAGAACUGUCUCCAUGAACCAUGAAACCAGGGUAGUGUGGGGAGGAAGCUGUUUCUUAACACUCCAGCACUUUCAGCUUUUCUUUUAAUUGUGUUCCUGCGCUGCAUCCCAGCAGACUGUAUCUGAGCUGCCACAGAUGUCUGGCGGUGUUGGGAGGAUUCUGACGCUCUUCUUGUUUGGUUUCAGUCCAAGCCAAGCCUCCCUGCUCCGCUGAUUGCGUUCUUUGUAUAUAUUGUCACUGGCAGGUAGUGAUGCAGUGUGUGUGUGUGUCCGUGCGCCCGCGCGUCACUGGAGGCCAGAAGGUGUUGCUUCCAGCAGUGGAAUGAUAUCAAACCCUGAUGGAAGCCAAGCCCGUGAACAUGUCUGAACCCGCGACCACGUAACGGCCCCCCCGGGCUUCUGAGAGCAGCCGAGUUGUAAAUGCUUUGCUCCAAACUGUACUCUCCUUUUACAUGACCCCUUUCUGCCAAGACGAAUCCAUCAGUACCGUUGUAGAUAAGACGAUAAGUGGUGUCACGUUAUCGAGUUUCCAGGUGGACCACUUGCUGUCCAUUUUAUCCACUUCAUGGGACGAAAUGAGUCCAUGAGCCGCCUCAAACCGGAUGGAACCACCCUUAACGGCACCCAUGGGACUGCCCCUCCACAAGCACCCAUCUGAAGACUUUCACGGUGGCCCAAGAAAGCCAUGUAAAAAAGUUACGAUGUAUAUAGUGUUCCUCGCCGUUCGUUUGGAUUUGUUAUUGCCAUGUUUCAGGUUGUUUGAUUCGGUUGGUUAUUGUGUGUGAAAUAGGAGCGAAGUCACCAUUAAACAUUCAUGUCCUGAAACUUGUGUUCCGAGUGAUUUGUUUGAAUUCCGAAACGACGGGUUUAACCGAGCUCCGUUCCGUCGAGCCUUGAGCCCUCGCCUCUUAAAAACAUUAUGACGCUGUGAAGGCUAAAGAUCUAAAGUUACAAGUGCGGUUUUUCGCAAAAGCCUGCCCUUGGAUCUUCUUUUAAAAUGAGUAAUUACUCCUCAACUUUAUUAAUUAGGCUGCGUGUAAUGGCUCGAAGAGACACUGUUGGCCCGUUGCCCGGGGAGACUGCUUCAUGACCUCCUCCUACAGCGAUGGGAGGGCUGUUCGCACAUAGACACGCUAAACCAGCACAUUAUCGUUCAAUAACAGCGCCUCGUUGAUGCAUGUGCAGAUGAGUCCGGGGAAGAUGUGGGCAGUUGGCUGAGGUCUUUCUCAUACUGGUUUUGACGGGGGCGGCAUGUGGCUCAGGAGGUGGAGUGGGCUGGCUGGUUGCUUGUUCAGACCCCCUUUUAGUGUCGAGGUGUCCCUGAGCAUGACACCUCACCCUGACUCCCAACAAGCUGGCUGUCGCCUUGCGUGGUUGACACCGCUGUCGGUGUCUGAAUGUGUGUAUGAAUUGGUGACAGGCAAUUCUGUAAAGCACUUUGAGUGGCCACUGGUUAGAAAAACCCUGUAUAAAUGCAGUCCAUUCGAUUAAGACCUUUUGAGAACACAGCUGUGAUACCUUUAAGUUUGACCGUUGACAAAGUUUUUCUAAUCCAGUUAUAAACUUUAUUGCCUUUUCUGUACACAUAAAAUGGUCUAAACAGAUACGAGUAUGGUAGUUUUGUCUCAAAGUAUGCAUGUUCAGUCCUUUACCCUUUACAGGUGGACAUGGAUCUCAUGUUCACGAGACUGUCAAUGCAAAAAUGAGGCCCAACCAAAAUAACCUUCAUUUUCUACUUCUUUAGGGCAUCCGAAGAAGCAAUGUAAUAUACCAAACGUCAUUGUAUCGUACUAACCCUGAACUCAGAAGAACUCGGGACUGGUACAUUCGUAAAACACCUCUGUAAUCACCUAGUAUUAUACAGUAUAUUCAAGAGAAUCAAUCCAACAUAUAUCACAGGCAGCAUGCAUAGAGGAGAGAUCAACUAGUCUCUCAUUCUACCCAUCUGUCUCUCAGUCUACCCGUCUAUCUCUUGUUUUACCCGUCUGUCUCUCAAUCUACCCGUCUAUCAUUCUACCCGUCUGUCUCUCGUCUCCCCUUCGGUCUCUCGUUCUACCCGUUUGUC